AUGACUGAAGAUAAUGAAAAUCAAAGCGGGGAUGCGGCACAACAGUGCGGACGAAGUUGGACGGUCAGCAUUGCCGUUCCAUCCUCAAUAGUAGACAAUGCCCAAUCGCCUGAACUGAGGUCUUAUUUGGUUGGUCAAAUUGCGCGUUGUUUGGUCAUCUAUAACAUUGAUGAAAUAGUGGUCUACGAUGAACACUGCAUUCCAGGCACACCUGAGCAAGUUUUGCUAGACAAACGGAAACAGACCAUGGUGCAAAUGGCCCGAAUUCUUGAGUACUUAGAGUGCCCUCAGUAUCUGCGACGAUUCUUGUUUCCAAUUCAAAAACAUCUUCAGUAUGCUGGCCUGCUUAAUCCACUAGAGUCGACGCAUCAUUUAAAACAGCAGGAUGAAUCGCUAUACCGUGAAGGAGUUGUUCUCAAUAAGCCGCACAAAAAUGGAUCCUUUGUCAAUAUUGGCCUACGAUAUGAUGCGCAUGUUGACCGAAGUUUACAACCCAAUGUCAGAGUCACCGUGAAACUCACAAAGACAGACAAUCCAAAGAAAAUUCAAGGCGUCGUUGUGUCGCCUUCUGAGCCUAGAGAAAAAAUGGGCCUUUACUGGGGAUACUCCAUUCGAAUGGCCAACUCGUUGGGUGAAGUGUUAAACAGCUGUCCAUUUGAAGGUGGAUACGACCUAAAGAUAGGCACCUCAGACAGAGGAGACAUUGUCGACAAAGUCGUCAAAAGUAUGCCUCGUAACUAUUCGCAUUUGCUGGUAGUUUUUGGCGGUCUUCGCGGUAUUGAGGCGGCUCAUGAAUCAGACGAAUCACUUAGUUUUGUCGAAGAUACAAAGGAUCUUUUUGAUCACUACAUUAACACCUGCCCGAAUCAAGGCUCAGACACCAUUCGAACUGAAUUCGAUGUUUUACAUGCACUUUCACAAUAUGUUUUACUCAAGUUGAGUGUGUCGAUUUCCCCUAGUGAACAGCAGCUGUCAUCAACUCAUGCUUGA